AUAACUGAGGGAAGAAGCUGUGGUUUUUUUCUUCCCCCUUUCUCUCUAGAGGAAGGCAGUGCUGGAAGAGGGAGGCAUGUCCGGCUUGUUGGAAACAGUUUCGGAUAGCUCACUUUGUCGCCCUUCGUGGGUAAACAAACGGUCUAUCAACCUGUAGUUAAGCCGGAGAAAAGCGCCGCUUCCGCUGCCUGUUACAUUCAGCCGCCCGGUCUGAGAUUAGCAGAGCGGCUCUUACAUCUCCUCCUUCAUGCCGCCACUACGCCACUGUACUGUUACACAUGGCUCUGUCUGCAACAACUACAGUAUUUCCCCUGAUGCUGCCGGGCUCUGGAUUGCUGGGACGGGUCGUUUACUGGUGAUGAAAGGAUGAUGAUGAGGAUAAAGGGAGGAGGUCAUAGCCGAAGGUGUAGACCUCGCUAGAAUCCUACCUUCCCAGCAACCCUCCCCCCCCUCCACCAUCACUAUCCUCAUCAUCCGCCGCUGCCGCUGCUAUCCAUCCCACCUGGCGGCAUGGCCAACCACCUGGAGUUGAUCCAGGAGCUGCAGCAGCUGGACAAGGUGCCCAGUCUGGAGAGGCUGCGGGCGGCUCAGAAGCGCCGUACCCAGCAGCUGAAGAGGUGGGCCGUGUACGAGAAGGAGAUGCAGAACAAGAAGAGGAAGGCCGACAAGAAGAGUCGUAAUUUGAACAGCCUUCAGCAGUCAGAGUCCAAGAGACGGGUGUCCUUCGCUGCUAGCGUGGCUCUUCUGGAGGCUUCAGCCAGGAACGAUCCCGAUGAAGUUCGCUACCUAUUGAGGAACAAUGUGAGUCCAGAUCUCUGUAACGAAGACGGUCUCACUGCUCUGCAUCAGUGUUGCAUAGACAACUAUGAAGAGAUGGUGAAGCUGCUGUUGGACCGUGGAGCAAACGUCAACGCUCAGGACAACGAACUGUGGACGCCGCUGCACGCUGCUGCAACCUGUGGCCACGCAGGACUUGUCAAAAUACUCAUCGCACAUGGUGCAGAUCUUCUGGCAGUCAACUCAGACGGAAACAUGCCUUACGACCUGUGUGAGGACGACCCGACGCUGGACAUCAUAGAGACGGCCAUGGCCAACAGAGGCAUCACUCAGGAGAUGAUCAAUGAGACACGGGCGUCCACAGAGAGGAAGAUGAUGGGAGACAUCCAGGAGAUGAUGAGAGUAGGAGACGAGGUCAACCAACAGGACUCCCAGGGAGCCACGCUGCUCCACAUCGCAGCAGCAAACGGCUACGUUCAGGCUGCAGAGCUGCUGCUGCUGGAGGCGGGGGCUCGAGCGGACCUGAGGGACUCUGAUGGAUGGCAGCCCCUCCAUGCGGCAGCGUGCUGGGGUCAGAUGCAUGUGGCAGAGCUGCUGGUGUCACAAGGAGCAAGUCUCAGUGCUAAGACCUUCCUAGAGGAGACACCCAUCGAUCUGUGUGAGGAUGAGGAGUUCAGAGCCAUCCUGCUGGACCUGAAACACAAGCAUGACACCAUCAUGAAGUCUCAGCUCAAACACAAGACCUCACUGUGCAGGAGAACCUCCAGCGCAGGCAGUCGUGGAAAAGUGGUGCGGCGAGCUAGUUUGUCAGACAGACACAACUUGUGUCGCAAGGAGUACGAAACUGAGGCCAUCGUGUGGAGGGGAGGGAGAGAGGAGGAGGAGAAGGAGAAAGAGUCUGAUCAGGAGAAUAAUCAGGUGACGCCUGUCGUAGCUAUGGAGCUGCCAGACAAGCCCAAGACACCCGCCAUCCUCAAAGAUGGCAGUGGCAAACAGAAUGGCCUCAUCACAACCACGACGUCCACGCCACCUCAACCGCCCUCCAAUGGCAGCACACCGACGCCCAGUCAGGGCGCGGCCGUCACUUCCCAGCCUUCGCAGGAGGACGUUGCGCCGAAGGAGCGCGCUCAGACUUUGUCGGAGUUAAAGAAGCAGAGGGCAGCAGCCAAACUGUUGAAUCACCCUUUGUUCAACGGCCACCUUGGCAACGGCUCCACAGACUCCUUCUCUGAUGCCAAAUUUUACUCUGAGGACCCUCGGAUGCCACUGGUCUCUUCCAACGGCAACGCAGUUUACUACACGCCAGCCAGCGGCGAUCCUCCCCUCCUCAAAUUCAAACAGCCCUUGGAGGAGGAGCAGCCGAAGGCGCGGACCUGCUGCUGCGUGUCGUAGCCUCUUGAUCAUGUGACUGUUGACGAAACAGAAAAAGUAAAGAGGAAAGGAGGAGAGGAAGGAAGAAAACAAAGAGUAAUCCUGUUUUUAACAUCCUGUUCUCUGUCCACUUUAAACUCGGUCCAGAAAAGUUGCACUUCCAUUCUGUGCAAGUUCUCUUGCGGUCAGAGAGAUCCUGCUCGAAGCAGGAAAAGAGCAGAGUCGAGUUGUUUGGAUGAAGUUCAGAGGUACAGGAGAUACUGGUUCAAUGGGCCUGAGUACUUUGGUAGAUUCACCAAGAUUGGGUUUUUUGUUUUUUUUAAAUCAUGUCAAAAGUCUUGAUGCAGUGGAGUAGAGACAUUCCCCAACAUGAUGCAUGUUCCGCCCUCAAACUGAGCUGGAAACGGCUCCUUUUGGGGUUUUUUUCAGUAAACUGAUUGCUAUCAGGUCAAUAAUCAUUUUCAUGCAGUACAAAUUGACAGUUCAACUGCAUCACUCUGCCUUUUUCACUAGUUUUUGUCAUUUCUGAAUGUGCAGGAACAUCAUACUGGAGGGUUAAAGGAAGGUUGUUGAGGAACAGCGAAACGUAGCAUGACGUCUUUAAGUCUCGUUUGCAUUUAAACUGUUAAAGGGAAUACAUACCAGAAAACAGUGUUAACUAAUGGAAAAAGUGUAUUUCACAGUGGAUAACAAACGUAAAUCACCUGCACUGUUUAUAAAUGUCAGAAUAACAUGUUGGCUACCCUUCACCGUCCUCUUAUAUGACCCCUUAACUGACAGAUCAUGCUGUGUAUUUUUUAUAAUCCACUUUGUGCUCACCCCCAUAGAUAAUUUAAACAAACUUGGUUGCUGUACAUUUCCUUAUUUAUGAGAUUAAUGUGUAAAAACAUUAUGGCUCUUUAAAGUUGAGUGUAUUUAUUAUUUGGAUAUGUGGAGAGUGUGAAUGCAGUAUGAGAUGAGCACCUUUUGACACGGAAAGAAAAAAAAAAUCUGAUGAUGAAGAGACAUAAGUUGAUGUCCGACGUCUGUACAUGUUGUUAAAUACAAACUUGUCUCGUUAGGGUGGGGUACUGUUUGUGUCUCAACAAAUAACAGUGUUAUUUGUUUUUAUCGUUUUUUUGGGGUUUUUUUCUGGUAGCCAUUGUGUGGCUCCUCUGUCUGCCAGUUAUUGUAUUUUUGUUAUUAGAGAUUGUGGUGAAUUAUUGUAAGAGUUUUCAAAAGCCAAUGCUGUCAUUAGAACUCCCAAUAAUGGUUCAAAUUCAAAAUAUCAACUUUCUAGUUAAAAUAAGACAUGAAAGUAAAGGAAUAGUGCAGCAUUUUUGGAAAUACAGUCCUUGCCCUUCUCCACAUAACAAGCAUGCAUCCAUCUAUCAGAUGGCACAUGAAUAUAUACUACCACUGGAAGACCAAACACUGUUUUUUAUUUUUUUAUUGCCAUAAAUAAUGCCAAAUUUCCUUUAUGUAAUUUGUUUGUAUAUGGUUCAAUAACUGUCAACAUGAUGGCAAUGUCACUAGAUGCUGGUCAUUUUGCCUCUUUUCCAUUUUUCACCUUUAUGGCGUUGAUUGUUUUGUACCUGACUUUUCAGAUACAAAAUAAAGCAGAUGUCUAUCAUUUUUGUUCUAUAAGGUUUUAUGAAAAUAAAAAUAUUUUUCAGUUUAUUUUUAUAAUUCAUGAAACUACUAAAAAGAAACAUGAACUAGUAUGCAUUGGUUUAAGUAUAUGGGUUUCAUGAACACACACCGAUGUGUGUUCAUGGGCAACACACAUCGGUGUGUGUUGCCAACACAAUGAUGAAAAGCUGUUGAAAGGUCAUAUUCACAAUAAACUGAAAAAUAGUACCACCCUUCUUACUUACUUCUCAGAAUCUGUAUUUCCAAACAUGCUCAACUAAUCCUUUUGAUCUCCUACAGCCUCUCUGUUUCGAUUGUGCCAAAGACUCUUUGCUGAGUUGAAAACAAAAUGCAUUAAGGUUUGGAGAAUUAAGGAUUAGUUUGUCUUUCAUGGCCACCCCUUUUUUAAUUACGUUUACCCAUGAUGCUCUUUUGUUUUCCCCAUUAUAAUUACCUGUACAGUGUUCUAUAAGUGUACAGAUGAGUGCAUAAAUAUGUUUGUGUCCGUGUUCCUGGAUCUGUUUUCAUGGUUUGCCUUUAUAUGUCUGUGUUGUUGCUGUUGGGGAACUGAUACAGUCACCUGUCUUAAUAAACAAUGUCUGCACAUUCAUGGUUGGAAUGCAGAAAACA